ACCGCGCUACGGCCGGGAUGAAUAACAACUAGCGCCUUGACCAAGGCUAUAGUGACCAUCACACAAACCUUCGCACCGCACAAACAGAACAAGUACAAUGUACAUGUACAAAUGUACUUUGGUGCCGUUCACACGUGAGCCGAUGUGUGGCAAUUAGUGACCUCCGUGCAUGGUUGCGGUGAAUUUUCUGAUCGAGCGGCUCCAUAACUAGUGUAUUCCCAAGUCGUCAUCCGCUCGAGAAACCUUUGGUUUGACUUCGAGAAUUAUGACCUCGUCCUCUAAGAGCCACUGGGAUUGGCUGCCGGAGACGGAGGAGUUGUUCUCCAAGCUGGAGGCGGAGCCAGGAUGGAGUCAGAUGAGGAGCACGAAGACUGAUAAACAGAUGAAGUAUCUCUACUCCCGUGUGGUGACAGAGAACGGGCCGGUCAUCCACUUCGCCCUGUUCCUGCACGACAAAGACGGCAAGCUCCGCGGCUUGUGCCAGUUUGGGGAAGACGCCAACGGAUUGAUAAAGGGGGCGGUUCAUGGAGGCGCUAUUGCCACGAUGCACGAUACAACGACGGGCGUGCUAGCCACCGACUUGGGAAAGAAGAAAAUGUACACAGGAUACCUCAAUACUACAUUCAAAAGGCCAACUCCCGUGAGAUCGGCAGUUCUGAUGGAGGCCGUUAUCGACAAAGUGGAAGGCAAUAAGACGUUCUUGAAGGGAUAUCUGAAGAGCCCAGACGAGCAAGUUGUUUAUUCGGAAUGUACCGCUUUGUAUAUAACCGCUGAAAAGCCUUCGGGGAGUAACAUGUAGACGUAAUAUAAAGUAAACUCAAACACGUUUUUGAGCGAAGCAUGCAGUGUUAUCUUAUUGAUUUUUAUCUAUCAAACAGCAGACUUUGCUUUGUUUUUUAAUUGUCAAUGCGUCAGUUUAUAUGAAUGAACAAAAACAUGUAAUGAACUUAACUAUAUAAUGCCGGCUCAUAUUAAUGGCAAUAAAUGGUGUAUAGGCAUAAUCCAGCGGGGAGAUGGGGGCGGGGGUGGGCGGCGAGAGUGCCAGCACUUAUUUUAAAACCCGUUGAAGAAUAAAUUGAAUAUGAUUUUAGGAAAUACAGUGUACAAAUCGCGAAAAAUUCAAUUCGAAUUCGAGUCACUUUUAAUGGAACAAAAAUAAAGCACUCUUUGUGGAGACAACAUUUCAAGAAAAAUACAUUGCACUGAUUUGAAAUUUGCCUCCCAUUAUUGACUGUGAUAUACGAGACAAUGCAUUUGAAAUUGGACAGAAACAGUUGAAGAAAACAAAUUAUACAACAAAAACUACAGUGUGUAAGGGCGCUCCCGACAUUUUACCGACCGCAAUUUCUUCCAAAAGAGGGCGCGCUACACAAACACUGGUCACCACCGUAAAGACUUCAUUCAACUUGGAUCACGAUCUGCCAAAAGAAGU